AUUUCUUCAAUCUGAUUUCUCGACCGCUCGCCGAUACGGAAAAUGGCCGUUCCGAUCUCCCUGCGAUUUCCGGCGGUACCUUCCACUUUAACUGACAGAGCGGCCUCCUUGUUCGUAUCACUACGGCGGAGCUCCUCGCAUCGUUCUCAUCCUCACUCACAUCGCACGAUCAGACUCCCGGGGGUUAGGUCUAGAAGGAACAGCAAGUUCUCCGCUGUCAAUGCCGUGCAGGAAAGCCAAGAGAAUACAGAAUCUGAUGGGGUGGAGGUUCAAGCUGGGCCGCCGACGGAGGAGUCGAAAACGGCUGACCAACCGGCAGAAUCCGGCGAGAAUUUGGGCGCCGAAAUUCAGGAGGCUUUGAAGCAGCGGAAGGUGGAGAAAGAGGGGGAUCUGAUUGGCGGAGUGGCGGAGGAGAUUCAGAAGAUUGAGUGGCCGGCGUUUCGAAAGGUUUUGGGCACGACGGGGGUGGUGAUCGGCGUUAUUGCUGGUUCUAGUGUCGUUUUGCUCACUGUGAAUGCCUUACUGGCGGAGCUGUCCGACCGAGUUUUCGCUGGAAAAGGAGUUCAGGAUUUCUUUAGCUGAGAGGAUAAGGAAGCUUCGAUUAUGACUAUUUGGUUUUCUUUACUUAAUUUGUAACCUUGAGAAAAUCAUAUUGAGCUGAGAGGAGGAUAAGGAAGAGACUAGUUUGUAAUUUCCUCUUGAAUCUGAAAGCUCAAGUACAGAAUCCAUUGCAGCAUAUGA